CGUCCUUCCUUGCCACUUUGCACAGUGGCCCUAUGUUCACCCACGCGAGAUCGUCAAACUUUGCAGCUGGAGGCUUGUCGCAUAGUAACUCGGCAGUUGGUACAGUUGUUGCUCUCUUCACAUCGAACGAGCGUCUUUUCCUCACCUCAUCGUGAAGGCGUUCCGUUCGUGCUGACCGCCAUUUUGAAUAAAAGUAGCUCUCGAGACUUUUGGCGCCCAUCUCUGGCUUGUCUCCGCCAGGCCCGACUGCAAUUUUUAGUCAGCACCUCCAGCGGGAUUCGAGCUCUGCUCGCGAAGGGUUGUGGUCUCCGUCUCACGGUCAAACGUGCCGGUGACCCACAGCGCAGACGUGGCAUUCAAGGCAGGCCAGGCCUCGACCAAGUCACAUUUCUAUAUUGGAAUGGUCAAUUAUGCAUGCUACUGCAAUCGACAACAUCGGAUAACGUCGAUGAAAGUCGAUUUUGA